GUGGUAUUUAGUUAAUCCUUUCAUUUAUGUCUUACCUUUCAGAAUCAAACAAAAAUAUCACAAUGGUGUAAUGUUCCAAGUAAGUUCCUGGAGAAAAGCCAAUUGACUGAUCAAAAGAUUGCUCAGCAUUUCCCUCGCUGUCUGUAGGUGUGAGGAGGGUGGGGACUACGAGAAGCAGUCUGAAUAAUAGAGUAGGAUGAAGGACUUUUGACCCAAAGGUCGAUUUUACCGCUCCUCGGAUACUGCCUGAACUGCUGUGCUUUUCCAGUACCUGCAGUCAUUGUUUUCAUCUGAAUCAUAGAGCGGUCAGCAGAGACAUUCGUUGUGUAUUUACGGGAGAGCAGCACCGUUUCACAAGAGGAAUAUAAUUGUGAAAGCUUAAAGUUUCCAGUGUCACUGGGAGAAACGUUUUCUUGAAUAUUAACAAUGGAGAAAGUUUCGGAGAGGCUGCUCUUGGCUCUCAUGGCGGUCUGGGUGGCUCGCGUGACCGGUGAUUGUGGAAAACCUCCGAUUUUAGAAAAUGGCUCACCAGAAAAUCCUCAGACCACCUCUCCUGUGGGUACAAUACUUGCUUAUAAGUGUUUCCCAGGAUAUACAUUUCAAGAAGGAGGUUCAAAACAUAUAACCUGCAGGGAAAAUUCAACUUGGUCACCUCUAAGAGCUGUUUGUGAACCAAUAAACUGUGGUAGUCCUGGAGAAAUUCUGAAUGGGUAUUUUGAUGCACCAGACUCCACUUUUGGAAAUAAAGUUAUUUUUUAUUGUGAUAAAGGGUUCAACCUUGUUGGUAAGAAUAGCCGGAUUUGUACAGCCAAUGGUUGGAGUGGUCAGGUUCCAACAUGUGAAAUUGUCCAGUGUCCUGAACCUCCCCGUAUUUCUGAUGGGACAGUUUCAUCAUCUGACAGUGACUCCUGGCCAUUUGGAAGUAUAGCAAGAUAUUCAUGCCUUGAUGGUUAUUCAUUAAUCGGUGAAGAAACCAUCACUUGUACAGUGUCUGGAGAAUGGGAUAAGGAUCCACCAAGGUGUCAAGCUUUAAAUUGUGGUAAUCCUGGAGAGAUUCUGAAUGGAUAUUAUAAUGCGUCCAGUGGUACUACUUUUGGAAGUAAAGUUGUAUUUUAUUGCGAUGAAGGAUUCCGCAUUGUUGGAACAUAUUUCCGGAUUUGUACAGCUGAUGGUUGGAGUGGCUCGGUUCCAACAUGUAAAAUUGUCAAGUGUCCUGAACCUCCCCGUAUUUCUAAUGGGACAGUUUCAUCAUCGGCCAAUGACUCCUGGCCUUUUGGAACUAAAGCAAGAUAUUCAUGUCAUGAUGGUUAUACGUUAAUUGGUGAAGAAAUCAUCACCUGUACAGCGACUGGCGAAUGGGAUAAGGAUCCACCGAGAUGUCAAGCAUUAAACUGUGGUAAUCCUGGAAAGAUUCUGAAUGGAUAUUAUACCACUUUUGGAAGUAAAGUUGUAUUCUUUUGUGAUAAAGGAUUUCGCAUUAUCGGAACAAAUUUCCGAAUUUGUACAGCUGAUGGUUGGAGUGGCCAGGUUCCAACAUGUGAAACUGUCAAGUGUCCUGAACCUCCCCAUAUUUCUAAUGGGACAGUUUCACCAUCUGACAGUCACUCCUGGCCAUUUGGAAGUAUAGCAAGAUAUUCAUGUCUUGAUGGUUAUUCAUUAAUCGGUGAAGAAACCAUCAAUUGUACAGCGACUGGAGAAUGGAAUAAGGAUCCACCGACGUGUAAAGUUGUUCGAUGUGAUCGUCCUCCAGUGCCUACAAAUGGACGAAUGGUGGGAGGCUUUCAAGAUACAUACACCUAUCUGGACACUAUCACUUGCAAAUGUAAUGAAGGUUUUACAAUGGUUGGCAGCAGUGUCAUUGAAUGUCGUGAAAAUAACACGUUUGUACCUCCUCCACCUAUCUGUGAAUUAUCCUCCAGUCUAGUUACCACUCUUGCUACUACUCAUACUGGUGGAUGUGAAAGACCUAUUGGUCAACAACUUGGACUGCUCCUCAUCCUGGGGGUCUCAGCAGCAUUUCUGACCUAAAAAGCAACUGAACCAAAGCACUUUUUCGGUUGAUGCACUUAUGUUUAUGCUCACCCUUUGCACAGUAUUUGUGGGAACCAAUCUCUAAAUUUUAAUUUUACACUCAGAAACUAGUGGAGCAGAUGGUAUACUGCGAAAGCCAGUUUCUGGAUGCAGAUGAGAGAAAUAUUUGACUAGCUUUGUUCACAAGAACAAUGAUUGCACCUGACGCAAGGUUAAUUUGUACAUUGAAUUAAACAAACUUGUAUUCCUUAAGUUACCUCAAUCACAAGCUAAUGUUAACCUUGCAGAACUGUACAUUAAUAUCUACUAAAGUGCAGCUAAUCUGAAUUAACUUCAAAAUAAUUUGCUUUGAUAAAUUUCAAUCACUGAGUAUUGAUUUCUGUAACAAUAUGUAAAAAUCUAUAGUUGAUUCAUCACUUUAAUUUCUCCCCCCUCAUUCAGUUAUCAUUGAAUGUGAUGAAAACAUUCAGAAUGUCAUCUAUUUGACUGGUAAAUGAUCACAAAUUUGAGACCCAAUCCACUUCCAAAGAUGUAUUUUUUUAAAAAUUGAAAUUAAAUUGGCAUUCAUUUUUAAAACAUUUUUUCACUUUGUUGACUCACCAGUCAUGAUGCAACUGUUUGACAUCUAAAAUAGAAAACUUUAAAGCCAACACCUAUGAGCGUACUCCAAUGCAAGUAGACAUGGCCAAGUUUUUGAAUUGUUUUUUUUUAUUUUGAAAUCUCUACCUUUUCUGCUUUUCUUAAAGAAAGGCAAGUGAAGACCAUGUGUUUCUUCACCUCAAAGAACUCGACCAGAUUUUUAUUGUGGAUCUAGCUAUUUCAAGAAUGUUGCAUAAAGUAAUAAAUUGACUAUUGUGCACAUCUUCAAUCUAUUUUCACAUGUAAGAAAGAGACUCGUUUGACGCACUUUUUUGUCCUUUUGAACAGCCAAUUAACUCAAACAAUUGUUUACAAAACACCAAAUAUAUUUUUUUC